AUGGCGCGGGCGUCCCGCUUCGUCGCAGGCAUCGGACCGAGGCGGGCGACCAUCGAGUACGACCUCGGGUUGCUCGAGGAGGUGGAGCGCGACAAGACCGCCAAGGAGCUCCUGAGCGUCGUGGAGUCAUUGAGAGACCCUCUGGUCGACUUCUUCAACCUCGCGGCGCUCGUGGGCGAGACCGAGCGCCGCGACGACACCGUCGCCCGCCUCGGCGCGUACGCGGACAAGAUCGGGGUGGACACGCUGCUGAUCGAGUCGAAGCUGACCGAGGCGCUGGAGGAGCUGCAGUCGGCCUACGCGGUGCUGAAGUCGCGGGCGGGGCGCACCGCCAGGGCGGAACCAGCGUCGUCAGGGUUCGCGGGGUUCGCCUGGCCGUCCACGCCAACAAGCACGGGGAGCCGGUGGCCGCUGCUGCGGAUGCUGAGGAAGGAGGGCCUGAUCAAAGCCCGGCUCGCCGUGGUCGCGAAGAAGAGGGAGCUGCAGACCCACGCGCGGCGGCGCGCGCAGAUGGCGAUCCUGUCCGUGAUGAGAGACGCCGGGGACAACGAGGCGUUCAAGGAGAAGGCUUCAAGCGGAGUCAUGGACGUGCUCACGCAGGUGGUGAAGAUCAACGCCGACGUCGGGGACUUCGAGAUCGUCAAGGAGGCGCUCAAGCUGGGCAGGUCCGUGGACCCCCAGAAGGCCAAGCCGCUGCUGGCGAUCGCGAGGCAGAUGGCCGACAGGAUGGUCGCUGGCUCCCUGGCCUCGAAGCAGCCGCUGGCGAGGACCCUGGAGGUCGUGGACUUGUGCGAGGACCUCGCCAAGGCGAGCAGCAGGAGAGACAUGGACAACACCGCCACCGAGAACCCCCCGGAGGUUCAGGAUGAGUUGGAGGUGGUCCAUCGGUGCCCGUACAAUAACCACACACCCGACCUCCAGAAAAAGGUCUACAGGCUCCUGAAAGGGUCGCCCCAAUACGAUACCUUCUACAUGGCGGUGGGCAUGAGGCUCUGA